GGCGACGGGCGCUGACUCGGGCCCGGGAAGUUUCCUGAGUUUCUGAGAAGGCCUGGUUUUUCCCAAAGGAGCGAUUUCCAUAGAAAUCCGAAGGUCUGACCAAGGAAACAAUAAGCCAGGAUAGCCAAUGAAUUGAGGACAAGGUUUCCAAUCAGUCCCUGCUAUGUGGAUAUUUGUUAGCAAUGACUGAUGUGGAGACUACAUAUGCAGAUUUUAUUGCUUCAGGAAGAACAGGUAGAAGAAAUGCAAUACAUGAUAUCCUGGUUUCUUCUGCAAGUGGUAACAGCAAUGAAUUAGCCUUGAAAUUAGCAGGUCUUGAUAUCAACAAAACAGAAGGUGAAGAAGAUGCACAAAGAAGCUCAGCAGAACAAAGCGGAGAGGGCCAGGGGGAAGCAGCAAAAUCCGAAAGCUAACACCCCGCUUUGCCCGUGAACCACCCCUGACGAUGUCUCCAAUCUCCAGGCCUGGCUGGAGAGCAUUUGUUUGGAUGAGUGCAAAGGGGGGGAAGGAAAUGGCUGUGCUGCAUUGCAGGGACCUGCUCUUGACCAUGUUCCACAUGGGAGCAGAGGCUGUCGCUGCAGACAGACUUUUUUCUACCUCUGUCAUUAGCAAUGGUUGAGAUCAUGUGGCUGGUGUUGGGACAUCAUGUUUGUAUGGAUCCUUUCACUUGACCGUAUGAUGAAAUGCUUGUAGAGAGUAGCACCGACACUAGAUGAUGAUUCUUCCUGUAGCAUCUGGCCCCUCACAAUGUCAGAGGAUUUAAUUGUGUCUAAUCGCAAAGGGUUGAUUGAACCACCAGAGUUUCAAGAUCUCUGGCCCAAGCAUUGACCCAGUAAAACUUCAUUCAGAAAGCACUGUUUUUAGAAUUAUAUAUCCAUGUAUUAUUGCUGUGUGAUUGACACUGUUUUGUAUCGUAUAAUAUAGAAAUGCUCAGCACUGCCCCCUUCUUUGAUUGCUUAUGGAAAACAAAAAUGAUGUAUGUUACUGUGAAUUUUUAUACCACUCAUUUUCAAAAAGGGCUGUCUUUUUUUCCCCAUCCCCCAUAGUGUGGUGGUGAACACAGGAGAGAGCACACAUUUUCCCCCUAACUUAAAAUUUCCCUUUGAUCACUAUCUGCUGGUGAAUUCAAUCUAAGAGAUUCAUCAAGAUUUAUUAUGUUAGCAUUGAACAAUAUCCAAUAAUGUGAAUAUUUUCUGAAUUCAGUCAGUUUGACCAAAAUUCAACCUGUCAGUUUUGUUUUACUCCCAAGAGUUUUUCUCUACUGAUAGUCUCCUUUAAUUAUGUGAAUUUGGGGGAAUUGGGAAGGUAGAGAAAGAGAAUACAAGAUAAUACUAAUAACUAGAAAUAUAUUGUGCUGUUAGAACCAAGUGUCUCACAAUGUUGUUCGCUAAUAUUUAAGUUGGGGGGACAUUUUACUUUUCUGAAGCUGAAGAAGAAUGAGAAAAGAUCUUCUUGCAAUCAUAUGGACACAAAUAGCAAAAGUAAAAUCCUUGUGCUAUGUUUCCCUGGGUUUUUUUUUCCCAGCCCUGUCAGAUCAAAAUGUUAUUAUGCACUUUUUAAUGUUUGUAAAUUUUUAGUAAUACUUUGUGUGAAUUGCAUUCUGAUAUAAUAAUAAUCAUAAGAGUUUAACAAAAUUUUCCAUAAUAUUGCUGGAAUAUGGCCUCUGCUGUGUUUCAACAUUAUGGUACUUAUUGUAUGGAAAUUUUCUGUGAGCUGUUUGAUCCUUCUGGUCAGUAUUAUGAAAUCAUUUUUCAGUGGUAAUAAAUAAGGAACCAGGAAUACAUCAAUGGUUCACGAGUGACUGGAUAAAUAUCAGACCACAGGAAGUCCAUUUACAAUCAAGAAGCUAUGUAGUUGACCUCGUAGAUUAAAUCUCUGCUGAAGCAGUCAGAUAAACUAUAUGGACAUGCCAACAACGGACCCCAUCUUGAUAGCUGUCCAGAGGAUGGAUGGCAAGUCUAGUCUGCCCACGUCUCCCUUCACAGUACCUUUUAACUGACGAGCUUAAGGAUAUGGUUCUCAUAGGAUCACCACUCAGACGUUGCUAGACCAAAACAAAAAUGGUGUGGGCCUUCGAGAGUCUAGAAUAAGAAAAGGGUAGGUCUGAGAGUACUUCCUUCUAUCCUUCUCUCUACGAGGCAAAAUGUCCCAAUAAAAUUCCCAAACUCUCCUCAUUAGUAGACUCACAAAUGUGAAAAUAGGCCCCUGAGCUUUAAAAAAAAAAAAAAAACCCAAGUACUUCUGAUCAUCUGUUUAAAACAUCCAACUCAUUUGUUUUCCAUUUCCUCAUUUACUAUCUUCAUAGAAGUCUUGUGAAUCUAGGUAAAGUUUCCCCGACUUAAAAUUGUGGAAAUCUAAAUGAAUCCCGUGUGACUUUAGGAUCAGUGCUGAGAAUACGUGGAGUUUUUUUAUUCCUAUGUGGUAUACGAUUAUCCAUGCAUGUGGUGUCAGACUUGUCAUUGAAUUUAUAAUAGUGCUAAAUGGCAAAGUCAUAUGGAGCUUUUGAUUCGGUUUGACCUGUACUGCGACUUUGUUACAUCCAAACCCAGAAGCCUCCCCACACUGGGAAAAGGAGAAGCCACUUUCCAGAAUGUCUAGAUCCUACAGAUUUUGCUUCUGCAGGUGUCUCCAGUUAUCUUCCACACAUUAUGGUCAUUUCCUUUGUUUGCAAAUAAUGAUACACACGAAACUGAAUUGUUAAGAGACAAGGAAAGGGUAGGAGACCGAGCGUGGAAUGCAUAAACUCUGUUGAUAAUUUUGUUGCAUAUGUUUUCCCAAUGAACCCUCAAACAGUUGUCUUAGAGAAGUACCACUCAACCCGUUCCAUGGAUUAGGAAGGUCAGUCCCGGUAUGGCAUAUUUUUCCAAACCUAAAAACUUCAUAAGAAGCUGCAAUUUCAUGCACCAUGAAGUUGAGCCCCCUGCAGAGAGCCUUUGUCCUGUUCAAUUUCAUCUAGCUGGGUAAGGAUCCAGAUGGAACUGAAUCAUAGAAAGUGCUGCCUUUUUUAAAAAUAAGAAAUCCAGUUAUACCUAGUUUUGUGUGUUAUAUUUCAAACAAUUUUGACGUGGGUAUACUGUAACUCUCACGUGGCUUAGGGUAUUUUAUGUAGUAUGCUACUCCUGUUGUUUAACUAAAAAUCUGUGAAUUCCAGUUUUUUUUACCCGUUUGCCAUAAGUCUAAACUUGUCAAGUUUAUCUUCCUCUAUUAAUUUACAUUUUACUUUACACAUCCUAUGGCAACAUGUCACUACUAUAAAUUUAUAAAGUUGUUUUUAAUGCAUUUGAGACCAUGUGUCUUGCAGUGUUUAGGCACUACCCCAGAUCUGCACACUGGAACUGCCCACAGCCGGGUCUUACUCGUAGUGGUAAGGCACCAUUGCAUGUGAACAACGAUUUUUCAUUUCUCUUUAGAGAAAAGCAAUAAAGGGGAAGAAAUGAAACCCGGAGGCAGUAAAGCUUCUGUAUGAAUCCUAUAGUAAUAAGGAGGAGAUGAUGCACUAGUAAUCAAUUGAGUGCAGGCAAAGAGCUGUGAUUUAUGAUGUCUACAUCCUGGGCCCUACAACUUGGUCAUUUUUAAAAGGGGCAAUCCCUGGCGUCGUUGGUGAGCUUGUAUGACUUUUGUAUUUAGCAAUGUUGCAUGCUCACAUUCUUGAUAUUAAAAAUAACACAUUUUCUGAAAUGUA